UGUUAAGUAACAGUAUGCAAGCAUUGCUCGUGCUGCUCUUCAAUUCCCUUCCACAACAGCUGUAAAUAUCUCACGGAUUUGUGUGGAAAAAGGAAAAACUUGUGAUAAAACUACAAUGGCAGCGGCAACCAAAUUGUAUAAAAAAUCAUUGGGCUUCUUCGCGCAAAUACAACAGUAUCGAAGCAACGCAAACUACACUGCUGGCGCUUCAAUCCGCACGCGCAAUGAGCUAUUCAAUGAGGAGCAGCGACGCCAGCGGGAAGCCGUUGGUCGCAUUGAUAAGAUCGAAGUGCGAUAUUUGGGUCUACCCGAGGAUGUGACGCUGGUGAUGAACAGUCACAUCUCAACGCCAUACAAUUGCGCACAGCACUUGAGCGAGGGCCAUUGUCAACGUGCUGUCCUGGCGCUGCUCGAUGGCAGUGUUCCCUGGGAUGUGCACCGGCCACUGCAGGAGUCCUGCACACUGCAGCUGCUCAACUUUAAUGUGUCCGAGCCACACGUGGUCAACAAAGCUUUUUGGCGCACAUGCAGUUUUAUGCUGGGCGCUGCCCUGCAACGAGUAUUUAAGGAGGAAGCGAAACUGCAGUUGCACAGCUUUCCCAGUCCAAACAUUAAAUCGGGCAGUUUUGUGCAUGAUAUUGUGCUUGGUGCCCAAAACUGGCAGCCGACCAAAGCUGAAAUGCGAGCCAUAUCCGCAGAAAUGGUUAAAUUAGCAGCGCAGGAUUUGCGCAUCGAGCGCUUGGAGGUGGACCAGGAGCUGGCGAAGGAAAUGUUCAAGGAAUCACACUACAAGAGCGAGCAAUUGCCGAGCAUUGCUCAACAAAAUCAGAGUCGAGUAACGCUUUAUCGUCUGGGGGAACACAUUGAUAUCUCGCGUGGACCAAUGGUGGCAUCCACGCGUUUCCUGGGCAAAUGCACAGUCUCCACCGCCCACAAGUUGACUGAUGAAGGGCCAUCAAAUGCAUUUUACCGCAUCCAAGGCGUGGCUUUGCCCAGCGGCUUUAUGCUAAAUCAUUUUGCUUACGGCUUGCUGGAGCAACGCUCACAGAAAUUGAAUUCCGCACGUUUGCCCAAUGAACCCUUUGAGGACCAACGACAAAUGCAAUUAUCUUGAAUAAAAACAAAGCAAAGAUCUUAGUAUAA